UGCGACUUGCGGUAAAUAGAAGGUCAACAUAACCUUUUAAAAGUGCAUGCACGCAUGCUUUGCAUUAUUGUAAACCCGCAAAGAUCGUUCUCUUUGCAAUUGGUUUCAUUUUUUAAAUUAAAAAAGAAAUUAAAAAACAUGUGCCUAUUCUAUCGGAUAAAAGAAAUUGCUCUGGAAUUUAAUUUUUCUUCGUUUUAGUAUUAUAAAUAUUCGUUUGUACAUUUAUUGUGAAUUUUAAACGUGAGGAACGUGAGUUAUAAAUUAUUUUUAAAAAUUGGAUAUUUUAACUCGUUUUUUAUUAAAAGAAAACAAUUGAGAGUUUUCGAAAUAAGGGAAAAAACAGCUGAUGACAUUGACAUAUUCGAUAAUUUCAACUAUGUUCGCUUCCAAAUUAUCAUCAAAUUUUCGUAAAAUUUCGCUUUUGUCGCGAGUUUGGAAUGGACCCAACAAUGUUCUUGCUGGAAAGGAGGCCGAGCAAAAAAUGAUCAACAUUUUAAAGAAUAAAUUCCCAGAAGCAAAAGUUGUUGAAGUCACUGAUGUUUCGGGAGGUUGUGGAGCGAUGUUUGAAGUUAGCGUCAUUGCUCCGGAAUUUAAAGGUUUGACUACUGUGAAACAACAUCGAAUUAUCAAUGAGGCAUUGAAAGAGGAAAUUAAAGACAUGCAUGGAAUUCGAAUACACACGAGUAUUCCCGGACAUUAAAUAAAAAAAUACUUUAUUUUUUAGAUAUAUAAUUUGAAACAUUGUCUUGUAAUAUUGUAGACGACCGUUAUUAUGACAAUAGAACAAUGUAAAUACACAUAUAAAUAAAGUAACGUAAAAUAAAUUAAA